GCUGAUCACGUUCACGGACAAGGCUUUAAAUGGAGACAACCAUUUGAUCCUAAACUGCUCGAUAGCUUUUCUACUUACAUUUAUGCAUUCACAUGGGAAGAUCCUCGUGUAGACUUGGAAUAUAUGAACAUUAAACCCACUGAUCACAUGUUUGUGAUUAGCUCUGGUGGUUGCAACGUCCUGGAGUAUGCCGCCAAAGUUGGACCUGAACGUAUUCACUGUGUUGAUCUAAAUCCCUGCCAAAAUCACAUGCUUGAGCUUAAGCUUGCCGGACUUUCAUCCAUGUCAUACGAAGACUUUUGGCUCUUGUUUGGAGAAGGCUACAUUCCCAAAUUUUCUACUCUUUUGGAUACACAUUUAUCUCCUCAUCUUUCUCCAUACGCAUAUCAUUUUUGGAAACAAACAUCUGGUUUCUCCAAUCUAUUUAAAACUGGUUGCUCUGGUCUUGCCAUCCGUGUCUUUCAAUUUGUGAUUCGUGUUCGUGGCCUUCGUCCCGUUGUUGAGCGCAUGUGCAGCGCACCUACUCUUGAAGAGCAAAACCGUAUUUGGCUUGAAGAGCUUCGUCCUCACCUAUUGAGCAAAUGGCUUAUUCGCAUUCUUAACAAUGACCGAUUUCUUUGGGGAGCUCUCGGUGUUCCACCAGCACAGAUGCAGAUGCUGUUGCAGGAAGGUUCUGCCCACGAAUAUUGUGUCAACACUCUUGAUCCCGUAGUAGCCAAAUCUCAUCUAGGAGACGACAAUUACUUUUAUUACAUGCCCUUGAUGCUCAAGUACAACCCUAACGCCAAGGGAAAUCCUGCCUAUCUUACAGAAGAAGGCUUUAACAUUCUUCGUUCCGAGCCUCAUCGUCUUGAUGCUAUCAAGAUUCACACCGACUACAUCAACAAUGUACUCAAUAACCAAGUUGCUGAUAAUGAGUUGACCAAGGUUAUUCUUAUGGAUCAUUUAGAUUGGUUUUCUCACGAAGAUGCCAAGACCGAGAUUGAAACCGUGCAUAAGAAAAUGGCUCAAGGCGGCUUUGUCUAUUGGCGUUCGGCCGGCAAACACCCAUGGUACAACGAGAUAUUUGCUGCUACUGGAUUUGAGGUCAUUAAAUGCCAAGUUCGCGAGGGCGACAAUAUGUACAUUGAUCGUGUUAACAUGUACGCUAGUUUCUGGAGUGGUCGCAAGCUUUAGAUAGUUUGAUAGGUCUAAAAAUGCUUGGUGUGUAUGGGUCAGUUUUCUUAAAAUGGUCAAUUCUUUUUACCAAUAAAUAAAACAUGUCUUUUUACUUUAA